CGUCACAAAGUAUCUCUUUAUCUUCUUUUGGACAAUGAAGUGUAUCUUCUCGUUCUAAAAGCAACUCUUGUGAUCAAAGACAUAAAAAAUCGAGAGGUCUUGUAGGAACAGAGUUUUGAAAGAUGCAGGAAUUGUGGGUAGCAAAGGAAACUAAGAAGAAAGAGAGAAUCAUCAAAGGGAGAGAUUUAGUCGAUGUUGUCUUCUCUUGGUCUCUUCUUGAUGUUCUAAACUCAAAUCUUUACGAAGGACAGGUUGGGAAAAUUCCUAGCACGUUCACAUCUACCAAAGAGUAUUUUGACUCGUUUGUUAAUCCCAUUAUUGAAGAAACACAUGAAGCUUUGUUGUCGAGUAUGAGAACGUUACGCCGUGCACCAGCUUUCAAGUUUUGGGAAAUCAAGCCAGCUGAGAAAGAUUUUAAACCUCCCAAGGAUCUUUAUUAUAAGGUUACUUUGCAGAUGAUGACUGGUAGCAAUACGAUUAAUGGAGGUCAAAAUCUGCUAGAGGUUAAUGAUCUUAUUGCAGUGACAGAUAAGAGACCUAUUCGAAUCGAUGACUUGAGAUUUUCCAAUGAGCCUCAUGUGUUAGCUCUUGUUUGUGGAGUGAACGAAGAUAAUCCACAUUUGAUAACUAUUUUGGCUUCAAAACCCAUUAUUUUCGAUGAUGAUGACGACAAUGGAACAUUGACAAAGAGAGGAAAGGGUCAGAGGAAAAGCUUAAGCGUCUUUGGGGUUAAUCUGAUCAACAUGAUGACUAAUAUUCGUAUUUGGACCGCGUUGCAUCCGAAUCUAGAAGGAGGAAACUUGAAGCUUAUCUCAAGAGUACUCCAAAGCAACAAUGAGGUUGAUGGAGGAAGUUGUGUUGCCUGUAAAGAAAACAGUAAGGGUGUAGCGUCACAUCACUCUACGCGAACGCUACGUUCAUUCAAACUGAACACAUCUCAAGAGGAUGCGAUUUUGCAUUGUCUAGAAGCUAAACGUUGUUACCAUUCCAACAACAUCAAACUUAUAUGGGGACCUCCCGGCACAGGGAAGACCAAAACAACAAGUGUUCUGCUUUUACACCUUCUGAAAAUGAGAUGUAGGACAUUGACUUGUGCUCCAACUAACAUAGCUGUUUUGGAAGUUUGUUCAAGGCUUGUGAAAUUAGUCUCUGAGUCGUCAUUGAGGUUUGGUGGGUAUGGUCUUGGAGAUAUUGUGUUGUUUGGUAAUAAAGAAAGGAUGAAGAUCGAUGACCGUGAAGAUCUUUUCGAUGUUUUCCUUGAGUACCGAGUUGAGGAGCUUUACAGAUGCUUUAUGGCUAUGACUGGAUGGAGAGCAAAUGUAAAACGUAUGAUCUGUUUGCUCAGUGAUCCGGAAGAAGAGUUUCGCCAGUACAAUCGCGUAAACGAAACCAACCUCUCGUUUAAGGAGUUUGUGCAGGAGAGGUUUAGCAGACUAAGAAAAGAGCUGCAGCAUCAGUUUACUACUCUGUGCAUGCAUGUACCAACUUCUUUGCUCUCCUAUCGAGUGGUGGAGAAAAUGAAUCAGACUAAUUACCUCCUUAGAGAUAUCGCGGUUUCUGAUGUGAUGGGAGAUAGUAAUGAGUCUUGUCAUGGAAGUAUGAAACAUGUCCUUAAAGAAGAUGAAAGAUUGGAGAAUGAUUCAAGAAAGCAAGAUUGUCUUGAGAUGUUGACAUCGAUUUGUGAAAGUAUCAAUCUUCCAGAUUUCAUAUCGAAGUUGGAACUUAAAGAUCUCUGCUUGGCAAACGCAUAUCUGCUUUUUUGCACAGCAUCAAGCUCUGCCAAGUUACACAUGAGUACUCCAGUAGAGCUUCUUGUGAUCGACGAAGCUGCUCAGUUAAAAGAAUGUGAGUCAGCGAUUCCUUUGCAGCUACCAGGACUUCAACAUGCUAUUUUGAUUGGUGAUGAGAAGCAGUUGCCUGCAAUGAUCCAAAGCAAGAUUGCUUCAGAGGCUGAUCUUGGAAGAAGUCUGUUUGAGAGAUUGGUGUUGUUGGGGCAAAAUAAACAGUUGCUGAACAUGCAAUACCGGAUGCAUCCUUCCAUUAGUAUUUUCCCAAACAGAGAGUUUUACGAUAUGAAGAUUUUGGAUGCUCCUUCUGUGAGAGUGAGAAGUUACGAGAAAAAUUUUCUUCCGGAGAAAAUGUAUGGGCCGUACUCUUUCAUCAACAUAGCCUAUGGAAGAGAACAGUUUGGAGAAGGUUACAGUUCGAAAAACAUAGUGGAAGUCUCUGUUGUGGCUGAGAUAGUCUCAAAGCUUUACUCAGUAUCAAGAAAGACGGGAAGAUCGAUCAGCGUAGGUGUGAUUUCACCUUACAAGGCUCAAGUGUUUGCAAUCCAAGAAAGGAUAGGCAAGAAUUAUAAUACUGGAGGGUCAUUCACAGUGAGUGUUAGGUCCGUAGAUGGGUUUCAAGGUGGAGAAGAAGAUAUCAUAAUAAUCUCAACUGUUAGGUCUAAUGGUAAAGGAGCAAUUGGUUUUUUAUCUAAUCAACAAAGAACCAAUGUAGCAUUGACACGGGCUAGGUAUUGCUUAUGGAUUCUUGGAAACGAAGCGACUUUAACGGGAAAUAAGUCAGUGUGGAGGCAGUUAGUAGAUGAUGCGAAAGCAAGAGACUGUUUCCAUGAUGCAGAAGAUGAUGAGUCAUUAGCUAAGUGUAUUGAAAGAUCAACAACAGCACUUGAUGAUCUUGAUAAGCUUCAAAACAAGAAGCUUAUUACAUUCGAGAAUUCGAUAUGGAAGGUAUGGCUUAGCUAUGAGUUUUUGAAAUCUCUGGAAGCAAUAGCAAACUCUGAAAUUAACAAAAAGGUUAUGAGGUUUUUGGAGAAGUUAUCUAAUGGGAAGGAGCUUCAACAAGAGGUUGAGGUAGAGUGUGAGGAUCUGUGGAGGCAACAGGAGAUUGAUGAUGGGCUAAGCCUCAUUUGGGCAAUAGACAUUUUCAAGAAAAACAAUCACCAUGUCCAAGUUUUGAAGAUCUGGCAGGUUCUGCAAUCUUCUGAUGUUUCUUGUGCCACAGAACAUCUAGAGAAACAUUACAGGAGAUAUACGAAAACCAAGAUUAAACGGUGCAGAUACGUAUGCUCUCAAGGAGAUUUUUUUAUACCGAUGAAAUGGCCGGUCGAUUCCGAUUACUGCACCAAAAAAGAUAUCGUAUGCGACGUUUCAAGAUCUUUUGCAUUGCUGAGUGUUGUGGAGGAAGAGGAAACUGUGACUCCUUGAGAUCAAGUAAUGAGAUACCAAUCAAGUAAAGCUUCUUUAGUGAGUCCUUGAGAUUUUAGGAGUUUCUUAAAGCAGACAUAUGAAUCUGCUUCUUUUGCCGUUUUGUGUCGUGUUGUGAAUUCUUUUUCGACAAUAUCUUUUGUUAUUUGUGUCAGAACAGAAAUACUAAUAGGGUUGUGUGUGAGGAUUCUAAUCCUCUUCCCGAUACUAAGAAAUCAUUUGGACUGCGGA